AUUUUAAUUGCAGAGAAGAAUCGAUAAAAUUGGUCAUCCUGCUUGUCAAAACUGGUGGAAUUGACGUGGAAGUAACUAAAUCAUGCGCAUUGUGAACUUACGUGGCAGAGUGAAGUGAAAAGUAAUGUCUUUUAUUUAUUUAUGUUUUUUAAAAGAAUUCUAGUUUAAUUUGCACUGGUGAUUUAAGAUGAAUUCUCAAUUUCUACCGCCCCAGCAAUUCGGGGCCCCUCCGAACAGGGCGUCACCGCCGUCAUUUCAAACGAUCCCCUUGGGCCAACAGAAACCAUCCGCAGGCGAUCACAUUCCUGCUCAAUUCAACAGUCCUGCGAACCAGCCCGAUCAGUUUCCUCCUCUGAAUCCUUCAGGACCUCCGCCGAAGGCUCAAAUUCCUUCGAGUCAAUUACCACCGUCUUCGAUUGGAGGUAACGUUAGCAAUCCGUUCGGUUUGUCAUCGAAUAAAGGGGAUGCUGCCGUUCACAAUGGCCCGCCCAGCUUCCAGAAUGGACCUCCUCAAUUCCACAAUGGUCAAGGACCAGGAGCCGAACAUCCGAACAAUCUACUCAAUAACAGACCGCCUCAGAAUCAGUUUGGCCAACCGGCGAAUCAGACGAGGCCACUGCCGCCUAUGCCCGGCGCGCCUCCGGCUCAAUUCGCCUCAUCUGGCACCCAAUUACCGAACGAUCCAGGCCAGCAGGCGUCGCAAAAGCCGUUCAGCCCGCCUUCGUUUCCAUCGGGACAACCCGGACAGCCUCCGCAAAUGAACAAACCUCCCUCUCACGGAAUACAGCCACCGCCACCUCUGGGACAGCCUCCUACGUUGUCGGGCGGACAUUUUAACCAACAUCCACCACCGAGUCAGUCUUCGAUGCCGGGCGAAUCGCCUUUAACGGGACGACCCCCGUCGCAUCCAUCGGUACCUCCCAUGCAACAGCAGCAAAUCGGCUCGUCGAAUCAAUUCGAAAAUCCACUGGGUCAACCCGGUCCCGCGAUAUCGAAUUCCGGACCACUGUUUCCACCUACCGGCGUUCAAUCUAAUCAAUUCAAUCCCAUGCACGGUCCCCCGAAACCGGGCCAAUAUCCUUCGCAAGUUCGUUCUGCUCAUUCGCAAUCUCUACCCUCACCGCCAUCUUUUCCAUCUUCGUUACCCGGACAACCUCCUAUGCCUGGACAACCUCCCAUGCCUGGACAACCUCCCAUGCCUGGACAACCUCCCAUGCCUGGACAACCUCCUAUGCCUGGACAAGCUCCCAUGCCUGGACAACCUCCCAUGCCUGGACAGCCUCCCAUGCCUGGACAACCUCCUAUGCCUGGACAGCCUCCUAUGCCAGGACGUCCUUCAAUGCCUGGACAACCUCCUAUGCCUGGCCAGCCACAUCAAGCUAUGCAGCCACCUUUACCGGGGCAGCCACCGCAACUCGGUCAACAGUUGCCUGGACAUCCACCUUUGCCCGGACAGCCACCUUCUGGACAACCUCCAUUGUCCAAGCCUCCGCUGCCUGGACAGAAUCCAUUACAAAACGUUUCGGGGCCGUAUCCUCCGGCAUCUUUCGGGGCAGGAUCGCAAAUGGCGCCGCCUCCGCUGCCGGGUCAACCGCCUUACGGGCCUAAUCAAAUGUCAAAUCAAAUGCAGGGAAUGCAUAUAUCAGGUCAAAAACAGUAUCCCGGACCUCCGAGAGGUGGAAUGAACGGCGACAACGGUCCGCACAUGCCGCCUCCUUUGGGCCAGCAACCGAAUAUGAUGAGUAAUCAGCAAUUAAGAGGGCCUCCGGGGCCCGGUUAUCCGCCUAUGCCGGGUCAACAGCCACCUACGUCCGGGCAAGGGCAGUAUCCGAACGCUACCGGACAAUAUCCCGCGGCUAACUAUCAGCAACCUCAGCAGAACAGGAGAUUGGACCCAGAUCAAAUGCCGAGUCCCAUGCAAGUAAUCCAAGACGAUCAACAGAACCGAGCCGGAGUGUUCGUGACGAAUCAAAAAGGUCUCGUGCCGCCGUUGGUGACGACGAAUUUCGUCGUACAGGAUCAGGGCAACUGCAGUCCGAGGUACAUGAGAUCUUCGAUGUACAACGUACCGAUUACACAGGAUAUAAUGAAACAAACGGCCGUUCCGUUCAGUUUGGUCAUCAGCCCGAUGGCCAGGCAAGCGGAUCAGGAAUACCCGCCGCCCAUCGUGAAUUUCGGUACAUUGGGACCGGUCCGAUGCGUCAGAUGCAAGGCUUACAUGUGCCCCUACAUGCAGUUCGUGGAUUCCGGUAGAAGGUUCCAGUGCUUGUUUUGUAUGGCUACGACCGAUGUUCCGACGGAGUAUUUCCAACACUUGGACCACACCGGUCAAAGGAUGGACCGCUACGAGCGUCCCGAAUUGCUGCUGGGCACCUACGAAUUCGUAGCCACCGCGGAUUAUUGCCGCAACAACGUUCUCCCCAAGCCGCCCGCCAUCAUUUUCGUCAUAGACGUGUCCUAUAACAAUAUCAAAUCGGGCAUGGUGAGCCUGUUGUGUUCGCAAAUGAAGGACAUCAUACAGAACCUGCCCGUCGAUCAAGGACAGGAGAAGAGCAACAUGAGAGUCGGGUUCGUUACGUACAACAGUUGCGUGCAUUUUUAUAACAUUAAAGGAACUCUAGCUGCUCCGCAAAUGUUAGUAGUGGGAGAUGUACACGAAAUGUUUAUGCCGCUAUUGGACGGUUUCCUGAGCACUCCCGAGGAAUCGGGUCCCGUCAUCGAUUCGCUGAUGGAGCAAAUUCCUGCUAUGUUCGCUGAUACUAGAGAAACGGAAACUGUCCUGUUGCCGGCCAUACAAGCCGGACUGGAAGCCCUUAAGGCUUCCGAGUGCGUUGGUAAACUCGUGGUGUUCCAUUCGACUCUACCAUCGGCCGAUGCUCCCGGAAGGCUCAAGAAUCGCGACGAUCGGAAGCUAUUGGGUACCGAUAAAGAGAAGACUAUUCUUACGCCGCAAACGCAGGUGUACAAUCAAUUGGGUCAGGAUUGCGUGGGCGCCGGUUGUUCCGUCGAUUUGUUCCUUUUUAACAAUUCCUACAUCGAUAUAGCCACUAUCGGACAAGUAUCGAGGCUCACCGGCGGCGAGGUUUACAAAUACACGUAUUUCCAGUCCGAUAUCGACGGGGAACGGUUAAUAAACGAUGUAAUAAUGGACAUAAGCAGACCGAUAGCGUUCGAUGCGGUUAUGAGAGUAAGAACAUCGACGGGCGUGAGGCCUACAGAUUUCUACGGACAUUUCUACAUGUCCAAUACGACCGAUAUCGAGCUAGCUUCGAUAGAUUGCGAUAAGGCGAUCGGCGUUGAGAUCAAACACGACGAUAAACUCUCCGAAGACACCGGCGUUUACAUCCAAACGGCCCUACUCUACACGUCCUGCUCCGGCCAAAGGAGAUUGAGGAUCAUGAACCUGUCGCUGAAGACUUGCUCGCAGAUGGCCGAUUUGUAUCGCAGCUGCGAUUUGGACACGAUCAUCAAUUACAUUAGCAAGCAGGCUUGCUACAAAUUGCUGGAUAACAAUCCCAAAGCGGUUAAGGAUUCGAUAAUAAACAGGGCCGCUCAAAUACUGGCGAUAUACAGGAAGAAUUGCGCCAGUCCGAGCAGCGCGGGGCAAUUGAUUUUGCCGGAGUGCAUGAAGUUAUUACCGCUCUACGUUAAUUGUUUGUUGAAGAAUGACGCCUUAUCUGGUGGUUCAGAUAUGACAAUCGAUGAUAGAUCGUUUGUAUUGCAAGCUGUAAUGAUAAUGGACGUCCCGACUUCGGUGUAUUACUUCUAUCCGAGGCUCAUUCCACUGCACGAUAUCGAUGUAACGGCUGAUCCUGUUAACGUUCCGAAUCCUAUCAGGUGUACUAUAGACAAAAUUAACGAACAAGGAGUGUAUAUAUUAGAAAAUGGAAUCCACAUGUUCCUGUGGUUCGGUCUCGGUGUAAACCCGGAUUUCAUUCAAAAAUUAUUCGGCGCACCGUCCGCCAUACAAGUGGAUAUCGAAAAGGUCCAUUUGCCCGAAUUGGACAAUCCCCUGUCGAUCGCUGUUAGGAAUAUUGUCGACGAAAUUCGAAUCCAGAGGCAUAGGUGCAUGCGGUUGACUAUUGUUCGGCAAAGGGAAAAGAUGGAGGCGGUGUUCAAGCACUUUUUGGCCGAAGACAGGGGAACCGACGGCUCGGCUAGUUACGUCGAUUUCUUAUGCCACAUGCACAAGGAGAUCAGGAAUUUAUUGAGCUAGCAUAAAUGUUGAUGCAAGUGUGAACGGACGAUGAAAUAAUACCGGGAAAUUUGUACUCAAAUAGAUUGGUUUAGGUAGAAGGAACGAUUUGGGACGCGUGGAAAUCGUUGAAAUAGGAACGUUUGUUUGUAUCGAGUAACAUUUCUUUUGCUGUAGCGCUAAUUUCUUUUCGAGUAAAUUUACAUGAAAAUGCGAGAAAUCGGUAGGACUGGAACUUUUUUUUUUAAAUAUGAUAUUUGAUGUACAAAUUUCUUCUUGAAUGGGUGUUUGCUUUAUAUAUUCGAGAGAUUAGUUAGCUAUAUAUUUAAUUAUUUGUAUCUAUUAUUUUAUUGGUUCUUCAUUAUAAUAUGUUUAUGUAAAAUAUUAAAAAUAAUUUAAUUAUUAGCGGAUUUUUUCCAGUUUUUGGAUAUAUAAAUUUUACAUACGGUUGCAGAUUCUCAUUACUUAUUUACUUGUACUUAGAUACCCACAUAGGUAAAUUAAUUAUGGUAAAAUGAUAAAAUAAAAUCGGACUAGAGAGAAAAUAUAAUUUUAGUAUCAACAAUUAACAUUAUCGGUUCUUAUAUACAUUAUAAACAUAAUUGCAAGAAUAGUAAAUUCGCUUAAAAGCAAUGCAAACAAGUUUAAAUAAUCAUGUCUGUCUUAAUGUAUUGCUUUCAAGAAAUCGUCAAAUAAAUAAUAUUUACAAUAUUACAUUAUUAUACAAUUGAAAUAGUUAUCACAAUAAUUAAGUUUUAGAGAUUACUCCACAGUAGUACCAGGAAUAUUGCAGGCAGCAGGAUUAUAGCGCUUCUUCCAGUUACACGACCAGCUGAGCUAUCUAAAAAUAUCGAUUAUUUGGUUAUAAAUUUCUCGAUCAUAUUUGCUUCUACAUUUAGUAUAAACUAGGGGAAAAUGGUUAAAAAAAUUCGUUCGAAACAAAACUGGAAAUUACUACGUUUACAGAGCAUUCAACCUCCACCGAUUAGUAAUGAAAUUUUGUUUACGGGGAUCAUUUAAUACAAAGCACACGUUAAUUGUCACCACUAAAUGCAUUCGAUACGUUUACUACGACUUAUCAGAACCAAAUACAACAUUAAUAUUCGUAAAAAAAACAUAAAUUUCGAGUACCUCGGGGAGUAGUGUUGACAAUUUCCAGUUGGAAUUCAUUCCUUGCCAUUAAUAUAGUUUCAUUAAACGCUACAUCGGUAACGUUUAAUUCGGCCUUUUCUCCUUCUGUUAUUCAAAAUAAAAAUUAAAAAAAGAAUCGUUUUAUAACAAGGGUACUUUUUUUAUCUCAAAAUUAUUAAAGCAAAUAACUGUUUUCAAAAAAUAUAUCACAAAGGAAGUAUUUUGCAAACGGUUUGGAAAAUAAACGGGGAUGUUGUGCACACUCGGAAAAAUCCUUACCCUCCGCGCGUUCUACAACUUCCGCAUCAUCUAAUCGAAUAAUAUUAAUAUUAUUGAACAAUACCGAAUCGCAUAAAUAACUCAUUCCAAUCCCUUACACGCCCCGAAUUCACCCAAACACCUACCUCCGAUAUGGAUGAUUUCGUUGUACGAAUAAAACGAAGUCCCCGGUAUGCUCACGUUGCACACAAACCUCGUCUGGCCGCUCAACGUGUCGUUGUAACCGCUAAAAUCGUGCUUGGCGGUCACGUUGAACAAUCCAUCGACGUCCUCCUCCGAAUGCUGCACGGUUUCCUCGACAUCCACGCGAC